AUUUAUCUGUACAUGCCCCCCGAAAAAAGGAAAGAAAAGAAAGACAAAAGCCGAAAGAGAAGCAGUCCAAUCAAUUCAUCGAUGGUUGAAAUCGUUUUAUUCCUUUUUGAUUUUUGCCGUAGGUAUCGCCGCGCGCUCCUCCCACCUAAGGUUGCGCGCUGCCGGUGAGUUUUAUAGCAACUGUUGCCCGGUGAGGCAGCGCCAUAGUCACCGUAGUCCUGGCGACUGUAACCCACCAACAACAACCUCUCGCUCCAUCAUUACCACCUCCUCCAUCAUCCUCAUCUUCAUCAACCAGUCCACGGCUCAGGCGCCAUGCAGACCCCUGAGGCGGGCGCUGAUUCCACCUCCACUGUCCCUCUUCAGACCACUGUGCCUGUCCAGCCUCCUGGCUCCACCCAGCAGGUGCCUGUCCAGCAGCAGGCCCAGACUGUUCAGCAUGUUUACCCAGCACAGGUGCAGUAUGUGGAGGAAAACAGUGGCGUCUACACCAACGGCAACAUAAGAACUUACUCGUACUCAGAGCCGCAGCUGUACAGCCAGAACAGUGGAGGGAGCUACUUUGACACGCAGGGGAGCUCGUCACAGGUGUCCACUGUGGUGACUUCCCACGGCCUGACCAACAAUGGAGGAGGGGGAACCGGAGGAAUGAGCAUGGGUCUCGCAGGGGGUCAAGUAAUCAGCAGCAGUUCAGGGGCUUACCUGAUGGACAAUGCUGGACCCCACCCUGCCACCCAGACCGCACGAGCCUCCCCGGCCACUAUUGAAAUGGCGAUUGAGACGCUCCAAAAAUCUGAGGGUUUAUCCAGUCAGAGAAGCUCGCUGCUCAACAGCCAUCUCCAGUGGCUGCUGGACAAUUAUGAGACAGCAGAAGGGGUGAGUCUACCGCGAUCUACCCUCUACAAUCAUUAUCUCCGCCACUGCCAGGAGCAGAAGCUGGACCCCGUUAAUGCAGCCUCCUUUGGCAAACUAAUUCGCUCCAUCUUCAUGGGACUCCGUACAAGGCGCCUUGGAACGAGAGGGAAUUCCAAAUAUCACUACUAUGGUAUACGUGUGAAACCAGACUCACCGCUAAAUAGACUUCAAGAAGACAUGCAGUACAUGGCUCUGAAGCAGCAGCCCGUUCAGCAGAAACAGAGGUUCAAGCCGGUGCAGAAGUUUGACAGCAGCUCUGGGGAGAAUUACUCAGGUGGAGGCCAGCAUCAUCCUGGUGCAGCAGAGCAGACCGUCAUUGCACAGAGCCAGCACCACCAGCAGUUCAUAGAUGCAUCGCGAGCACUCCCCGACUUUGUUGAGCUGGACCUGGGACAGAGCAAUACAGAGAACAUCAGCUCAGAGGAUGUGAAAGCUCUCCAGUCCCUUUACAGAGAGCACUGUGAGGCAAUCCUUGAUGUAGUUGUCAACCUUCAGUUCAGCUUAAUUGAGAAGCUGUGGGAGACAUUCUGGCGUUAUUCUCCCCCUGAAACAGUAGAGGGCGCCACUGUAACAGAAAACAGCAGCAUAAGCGAGAUUGAAGCCCGACUCCCUCGAGCACGGCUGCUGGUGCUGUGCCGAAACGAGGCAGUUCUGAAGUGGAUGAGCACCUGUGACCAUUUAAUGUACCAGGCCCUCGUGGAGAUCCUUAUUCCUGAUGUCCUGAGACCCAUUCCCAGUGCCUUGACUCAAGCCAUUCGCAACUUUGCCAAAAGCCUGGAAGGUUGGCUUAAUAAUGCCAUGAAUGCCAUUCCACAGAGAAUGAUCCAGACCAAGAUUGCCGCUGUUAGUGCCUUUGCGCAAACGUUGCGCAGAUAUACGUCACUGAACCACCUGGCUCAGGCGGCACGCGCCGUGUUGCAGAACACAUCCCAGAUCAACCAGAUGCUGAGUGAUCUGAACCGUGUGGACUUUGCCAACGUACAGGAGCAGGCAUCAUGGGUGUGCCAGUGUGAGGAGACGGUGGUUCAGCACUUGGAGCAGGACUUCAAAGCCACGCUGCAGCAGCAGAGCUCCCUGGAGCAGUGGGCAGCCUGGCUGGACAAUGUGGUCACCCAAGUGCUGAAACCCUACGAGCACAGGCCCAGUUUCCCCAGAGCAGCUCGGCAGUUCCUGCUCAAAUGGUCCUUCUACAGCUCAAUGGUGAUCAGGGACCUGACUCUGCGCAGCGCUGCCAGCUUUGGCUCCUUUCACCUGAUUCGCCUGCUGUAUGAUGAGUACAUGUUUUACCUGGUGGAGCAUCGGGUGGCUCAAGCUACUGGAGAGACGCCUAUUGGUGUAAUGGGCGAGUUUGACAGCCUCAACACCUUAUCCCUUGCAAACAUUGAUAAAGAUGAAACAAGUGGAAUGGACAGUGACUUGGAGGAGUACACGGGGGAGUCUGGAGAACCUCUUGCCAAGCGGGAGAAGUCAGAGCACGAGGUAAUCCAGGUGAUCCAGGUUGGAGCCCUGGAGGACGGAUCCCAUCCUGUGGUGGGUGUCGUCCAGCCGAGUGUCCUCCACUCCCUGCCGCAGCCCCAGCCGGACCACACCGAGCACAUGCUAACAUCCCCCACUGGUACUCCCACCAUCCGCCACUGCACGGGCAACACCUACGCCUCCGUUUGAGGGUCUGAGGGCAGAGCUGAGCGUGUCCGGUCUGAGUUUUCUGUCCCCACUGAUGGGAAACCUGUAAGUGUGGUGUCCUUUUCAUGCAUCGUCUCCGUUUGCAGCCUGUGUGAGCGUAGUUCCCUCUCUCUGUUUGGCCCCGUCCACUGAGGAGGGAUCGUCUGACCUAGCAGUGCUGUCUUUGUCUGACUUGUUUCCAAUCUGGAUGUCUAGUCAUCCUGUUAAAAAAAAAAAAAAAAUUUUGCAAAGCACGGCAGGCGGCGGAAGGGACGUGGAGGGAAAGGACUAAAUUUGACCUUUUUUUUUCUUUGAGCGCGACUGAAGGUAAAGUCCUUCAAACUACUGAUGUCUCUGAGCUCAAAUCCAUGUCACAAGUCCCAGCAGAGCAGAGCGCCGACCAACUCCAAGCACCACCCACUGUACAUAGAGUUGCUGGAAUUGGUAUCACUUAAAGCUCAUGGUGCUAUCAUUGUGCUUUAAGUUCUCUAGUUGUUUCUGUUCAUAUGCAUUCUGAUACACAUCAGACUAGCUGAAGUAUACUAAUUUACACUCACAUUUACACCGAAGUAUACAAGCUAGUGUGGGAGUAUUGUAUGUAGCUAAAAACAGGGAAACUUUCUGUUUUGUGUGAUGCUAAAAAGGAUUGUGGGCCAAUCGCCACCAGCAAACGUCCAGAAACAUCUGCGCUGCUGAACACUGAGAUUAAAUUGACAGGAACAAGUUUUUUGGGGAGAAAAAAGCCCUCCGCUCUAGCUUUUUUGUGAACACCGUUCAUUUCAGAAGUCCUCUUAGUGCGGAUUCAUGUGUUACAAUCGUGAAAACAGCCUACAUUACUCCUACCAUUGGUUUUGCUGAUUUUUUUUUUUUUUUUUUGUGGUCAUUUUUCUUUUCAGGAAUUUGCAUUAACGUUUUGAAGUAAACCAAAAAUAAAAAUAAAAAAGGAAGCUCAGUGUGAGCCAUUCGGGGCCACACAGAGGCUUUUUCCUGUCCCACAGUGCCAUGUUGCAGAGCAGAAGGAAUGUCAGGGAUAUAAUGUACCUCGGCUUUAUCAUAGUGCCUUAUCCUUAAAUGCAGCUGUCCAUGUAGUCCUGACUGUGUGUUGUAGAGACGCCCACAGCCCCCUCUGCGUUGUCCCAGCCCCACAUUUGGCCUUCUGGUGACUCGUUGCUGGAUUUGGGCUGGCUCAUCAGUACUGAGACCUGGGGGGGAGGCGGGCACAAACACACCUGUUGGGCUUUUGUUUUAGUUUUUCCCUCUAUAUCAGCUCUCCCGAACCUACAAUUUAUCUGAACCAUGGUCCUUAGCCUUGCUCCUGCCCUCACUCUGCCCUCUUGAAGCCUUCGUCAUCUGGUCAAAGGUGCCUGCGUUUGUGCGCGUUUGCGUGUGUGUGAUAGACCUGCAAUGUCCUUUUUUUUUUUGUUUUUUUGGAGCUUCACAUGUCUGCAUCCGUGUGCUUGCAUGUGCGUGUUGGAACACAUUCAUCAGUCACCCUACCUCAAACCAGUGGUGCCAGCCCUUAGAUGCGUGCAGCGCAGUCGCCCGACCUUAUUGCACACAACCACCACUGUACUGCACAAAUCUUAACAUGACGGAGAGAAGCCCCCAUUGUUAUUUCUCUCACCUCCGAUAACCUUUUAUUCCUUGUUUCCUUUUUUUAAUCCGUUCUGGAGCCCAUUAAAUGCUUCAUCAUUUGCUCCCUGUUUGAAGACCCUCUUUGUACAGUGGACAAAAAGUAGAUAUUUUCUGAUAUUCAAAGAGAUAUAGAGACAGAUAGUUAUAUAUAUAUAUAUCAAAAUAUAUAUGUAUAGUAUAUAAAAUGAUGACACUACAUGUUUCUCUUUUGCGAUUGAUCUGAUUGUUAAUAUGUGAAUGUUUUUUUUUUGCAUAGCUCAUCUGUCCCUAGUUUAGAGACUGUGAAAUGGGAAAGGCUUGUGGCAACUAACUUCUUAGAUCUAUACUUGAACUGUUCUAGCCUUCUUUGUUCUAGAGGAGGGGGCGGGGCUCUGCAGAAACCCCCUUUGAUCGGAAAAGGAGUUUUCCUUCCUUUAUGCUUGUUUAAAACAGCCGUUUCUUCAUUGUGUAUUUAUUUAUUGAUAUUUAUUGUUUGUUUUUGUUUUACAUAAUCGUAAUCAUAAAUCUUUUAAGGAAGAAUUAUGAACUUUACUACUGCAAAGAGCAUACCUACUGUACAGAGAGCAAUUGUUUCAUUUUGUGUUGUUUGCCCCCAACAUGGUGUAAUAAAUCCAUGUAGAGUAAGAAAAAAAGGUUUAAAAAGGAGGGAUUUUUUUUUUUUUUGCGUAUUUGUUUGCCAAAUGAAGCCCCUAAAACAAAAAUAAAUAAAUAAAAGGCCUUUUAGAAAUGAUGAUCCCUCUAGAUUAAGCCACCCCUGGUUUCAUUUUGAAGGCUUGAGACUCAUGCAUAAGGAAACAAAUACGGGUGAAAAUAUUGCAAAGUGGUGGGGGUUUUUUCUGUGGAGACCCCUGGAUGUUAUUUUCAAAAAAGGGUCAAAUUGAUCAUCCCAGCCGCCUUCUCUUAGUAACACCUGUGGAACCUGACAGUCUCUGUUUACUCUGAUUAAGCUGAUCUGACUUUUAGUUUAAAACGUUUGCGAGAAAAAACUAACCUCCUCACUUGAGGCAGCUGCAGUGUAAAAGUCAGAUGUUUUCAGUUUUCUCUGUUCCUUCAUCAUGACCUUAAGAACUAGUUUUUUCUGAAACUUCAAACAGAAAAAUGGCUGGCUUGAAAAAUGUAUCUCAACACAAAAGAUUUCUUUGUCUUCACAAUCUUCAAAUACUUUGCCAGUCUUGUUUUCACUGUUCUAUUAAGGUUGAAACUUCUUUUUUAAGGAUACUUCUUUCUCCUCGUGGCAUGUUUACUGUUUGGUUUCUUUUUUGUUUUUGUUUUUGUUUUUCAGAAAUAUAAAUAUAUUUGGUACUUUUGAUGGUGACUUGUAUUAUUUUGUGCCUGAAGUGAAAAUGGCUUAAAGGAUGUUUUUCUUGGAAUCUCAAUUGUGUGCUUUUUGUAAGUGCUUUCUGGUCUUGCACUCCUGCCAUGUGCUGCUAGCAAUUGUUUGUCAAUCUUUCCUUAGACUUUUUUUGUUUCCUUUAUUUAAAAGUGCUGCCUGAUAAAACAAUGGACUGAUGGUAAUGCUGCAACACAACUGUACCUAAUUUCUUUGAAUUAUUAUUAUUAUUAAUUUUUUUAUAUAUAAAAAGCUGUUUGCAAACCAGACCAUUUCAAAGUAGAAAACUAUAUGCGAGAACUGCCUGGAUGUAGACGACGCGGCAGCUUCACUGACCCAUAGCAAACUCUGGUGCCUUUAAUUUUGCCCCCCCCCCGGCUGCAGCAGAUGGCCUGGGUGACUGCUGGGUCUCUGGUGGGCUACAGAUGGAGGCUAUAGGGCCGACCUAUAGAUGCACAAGUGCUGCCACUUUUUUUUUUUUUUUGGGGGGGAGAAAUCCCUCAGACUUGACUACUGAUGAUGAAUUUACUGGCUGUUGACAACCACAGACUUGCGCGCGUGCGCACACACUCGGCUAGAAACACAUAAACCCGCAAACAACUUUUACGUGUAUAAAACUGGUCAAAUGUACAAGGAGAGUGACUGUAAGUUUUAAAAAAAAAUGCCCUCCUGAGGUUUUUUGUUUUGUUUUUUUCAGAUUUGUCAAAUAUUUUCUGAAUGCUGUGACUUGUUUUGAGAUUUGUUAAGUGCCAUUUGAGUCUAGUGAGUCGUGGCCAUCUGUAGCACGCUCUACUGCAAGCACAAGCAUUUGGCAGUGGCAUUUGGGACACGGUUUCUGUUUCAGUUCACCUUUGGCAAAAUGUGUAUAUAUUUAUAUAUAUAUAUAUAUAUAUAUAUAUUAAAAGUAUCUUUUUGUCCAGAAUAUUUGUUCUUUUUGGUAAACAUUUUAUCUAAUAUGUUGGCUAAAGUGCUUUUGUGAUUUCUUCUUUUUUUGGAUAAUGUAUAGUACCUGAUGAGACAUAUACACACAAGUUUCCCGUGACUCUUCUCGUGUGCUGUUGAGUUUGUUACAUACAAUGUAUAUUCUUAAAUUUGCGAGCAAACCAAUGCGUGUAGGGUGAUUUGUAUUGUGUUUUACAGAAAAAAAAAGAAAAAAACAUGGACAAUUUGGGGAAUUUUAUAUUUACAGAGACCUGAUCAUUUAGUGUGUCGUAUUGAUGACUAGAGAAACUAUUACUGACACAUGUAGUUUCGUUUUUCUGAAUAUUUCAGAUCUCAGCUCAGGCUAGCUUCUUAGUGUUGUUUUCUUAAACUCUGUGACUUGUCUUUGCAGUAAUAAACAUUUUCUUGUUCAAAACCAGUUUCUGAUUUCUUUUUUUAUUUACAGUAAACACAAAGUUGGCGCAUUUCAUUUUUAUUCAUACAUAAACACCAAUUGCAUUCAAACUUCAUAUUUCUUCAGAUUGUAUGCCAUGAUUGUAAGGUUCACCACGCAUGUUUUUGCUUCUUUUUUUCCUGUGACCCGAAUGGUUCAUCACUGUAAAAUUAGCAACAAAAAUCAUAAAAUACUGCCACAGCCUGGAGGUAAACAAAACUAACAUUAUUGAAACAAUAUUGCUGACAAAAUGUUUAAAGAAGUAAAAUCCAGCUUUCACAAGAGAAGUAACACUGAAACAACUGCAGUCCAGUAACCCUUCCAACAUUUCAGGAAGUAUUUUUGGCAUCAUUAUGGCUUACAGUUCCUCACAG